AAGUAGAAAUGGGUAUUCCCUGGCAAACUCCGAUAUCAAAACAAUUUAACACCACAAAACUGAGCUGAACGGUAUUUGUUUUUAAAUAGGAAGCUUAUAUUUCCCAUUUCCCUUUGUUGACAGUGAACGCAACACUGCUAUCAGGAUGUUGUUGUGGUGAAGUAGCAGCUAGUCAGCUAUGCUAACCUGCUGUUACUGACAUCUGUUUUCAGAUUAACAACCACAAUAAUCAUGUCUUUUAAAAGGGAAGGUGAUGACAAGAGUCAGUUGAACUUACUGAAGAAACGACGUGUGGCAGAUCUUCUGUCUCAUUUUAUUCCAGAAGAUGAAGCAGCUCUUAUGAAUAAUGGAAGAUACACUUGCCUUGUGUGCUCCUACCGGCCUGUGUUUGACACAGUUGACACGCUGACAGUCCACAGGAACGGGAAGAGACACCUGGAAGGAUUAAAAGCAUUUUAUGGCAAGAAAGCACGGCUGAAGAAUGAAAUAAUAAAAAGGCGCCAUGAAAACUACGUCCAGGCUGAAGAAGACACAAGGCAGGAACCGUCCUGUUCAGCCCCUUUACUGGCACAAACACGGAAGCUUACACAUCAUGCUUUAUUGAAGACUGUACCAUAUAACAGCUGCCAUACAAAAACCAGUACAAAAUCUGAAAAAGGAGCGCUGAGCAACGGCUCAGGUCCCAGCGACAACUCUUCCAGCAAAACGGCAUCCGAACUAGAAAAAGCAUGUCGGAAAACUGAAGUUUCAAACAGUUUAUCACAAAGCACAGCAGACAGUGAAGGGUCACAUCCAUCAGAAGACAAGGAAGGAGCUCAGGCUGCAGUGACACAGGAGGCAGAGCCUGUAACGGCCGAGAGGAGGAGAGAGCUGGAGCACUACCUCAAACUGAAAAGUGAUGGGUGGUUGAAGGACCGGAGCGGCCAGUGGGUGAGAGACGAGAAUGUGGAGUUUGAUUCAGAUGAGGAGGAGCCGACUUCGCUUGCCACCCUACCUACAAGUCACUGAGAGGACUAAGAACUGUUGGAAAACACAGAUGAACUUGUACCACAUUGGUGCAUUCAGAGGCAACAAUGCUGUGUGAAACAGCUGGAGCUCCACGUGCAAGGACUUUUGUACCAUUCAUCAACCUUUCACUGAAUUCCUUUGCUGAUUCUACAGCGCCUGUGUUAAUCUUGAGACUCACUCCUUAGUUGUAAUAGACGCCUGCUGGUCACCAGUAUUGAUGCUUUUAUUUUAGCAGGAAACUCACAGUUUAAGGGAAUU